CCUCCGUCCUAGUGAGCACAGUGGCCUAAUUAUUAAUUUAAAAAAUGGAUGAAUAAAUUAACAGUUCGGGAGAAACUGGCGGACAUUAAAUUGAAUGUCCAGUUUUUUUUUAUCGGUUCUGGGGUUUAAUCGGUGAGGGUAAUCUCAGGGGCUUCAUGGAAAAUUGGAGAACAUUUUGUGAAUGUCCAGAUGUCGAAUCCAAGAGAUGGAAGAAAUGCGCGCAGUUGUCCCUCUAGUUUAUCACUGACACCAGCAAGGCCGCGUCUCCAUCACGCGGCAGAGUCUAGUCAUCCGAACGACGAUAGUGACCUAGACAGUGUAAAGAGUUACGGUAGUGCAUGCAGUACAGCAAGUGCCUGUGAUCACGCACACUUCGCCCUAAAUGGCACCACUUGGUCAGGACGUAGUCGAAAGUAUGUGGUUCACUGCUCGAAUCAUAACACCGAGACUGGGGAGUACUUGACACCCACCCAAAGGGCUGCCAAACAGAUUAGAAGAUACCAGACUCUGCUCAAUGAUGCGAAAAAAGAGAUCGACGAGAAAGAUCGAGAAAUUUUGAGACUGACUAAGGAAGUUGUUGAACUGAGACUUUACAAGGCGUCCCUGAAUAGUCCCGACGAGAGGACUGACUCCAGUGACGCCCUGACUGUCAAAGAGAACAAUCCCUUCUCACCUGAGAGCCCCUGCAAAGAUCUUCCUGAGGAGAACGGUGAGAAAAGCCCCACAUCACCAGGAACACCUGAGAAGAGGGUCGAAGUCGAUUUGACACUGUCUCUCGCUGAUUCUGGACACUUCGAGGAUGAGUCUAUUCAUUCCAAAGAGGAGACAGCAAUUUGUCCGAGGAUCGAUGCUACUGAUGACAAGGGUGAGGGCAAUGAGGAGGAGAGGAGGAAAAUUGUUGCUCUUUAUGAGGAGAGAAUCGAGGAAAUGCACAGAAGACAUGUCGAUGAAGUUCAGGAGAUAAAGCAGAAGCACAACGAUAAGGUUGAAAGUUUAUUGAAUCAAUUGCAAGACGUGAAUACUCGUUACUGCGAACUCCGUCCGUCCAUGGAUGCAGCUCUGGUGAGGGUGAAGGAGCUGGAGGAGGAGCUGGAGAGCACGAAGACGAUGUUGAACGAGCAGAAGACACUUUUGGAUGAGCAGGAGGAGAGAAAUAAGCAAAUGUACCUGAAAAUGUAUGCCAAAGGCCAGGAAGCGGCUAGACUCGAGCAGGCGGAUCAGAUAUUCGAUAACGCCCAGCAAGACACACCGAAAGUAACAGUAGCUGAAUUACUGCAACAAUUGAGCGUUACCCAAGCUGAAUUGGAGAACAUAAAGGGUACAAGCUACUUGCCACAGCUUCACCUUUCAGCAGAUCGUAGCCAAUGUUUAUUAAGUGCCCAGGAGGCUGUUUCUCUCUGGGUCCUUGCCACACGUAAGGCUAUGUACCGGAGGAUUGUGGAGUCUCGGAAGAAAGGAACCCUCGAUCCCGAGAUAACUCUUCAAUUUUUGAAAUCCGCAAUCUACUACUUCCUGACUGAUAAAGAAAAUCACCACGGCCACUUGAACGCCAUCGAGAGCAUCCUCGGCUUCACCGACAACGAGAAAUUAAACAUCGAUAAAAUCUAUCGCUCCACAAGGAAAUAAUCCGUCAGCUUCAGCCCAUCGACUCCCUCCAUUUUUAUUGAUUUUCCAGUAAGUCAUUUUUAAUAAUUCAUCGUGAUGUCAUCAUAAUGAAAGGGUUAUCCAUGUCAACGGUUUUCGCUGAAUAUCUUGAAAUCCCUAAGAGAUAUGAUGAAUGUCAUAGGGACAUUUUUUGUAAAUUGCAUUCCGCUUUAUUUAAGUUGUUUUAUCAAAAAUUCCGAUAUCUCUCACGGAUUCCAAGAUAUUCAGCGAAAAUUGACAUGGAAAAUUCUUGCGAAUCGUGUCAUCUUUUCCGUGUUGAUGGCAUCUCGGUUUUUUUUUUAUAAAAAACAAAUUAAAAAUUGAAGCGCAAUGAGUAAUUUCGCUUGUUGAGGCCCGUCUUGCCCCUCCAAUAUGCUACAAUGACCAGACCUUAUCAAUGGACUGAUUACACGUGGAAAUUGUAGGGAAAUUUAAUGAAAAAUGAAAAAAAUUCCACGUCUCAAAUAUUUUUUGUGAAUGCAUUUUUAAGUCUUUAUUUAUUUAGUUAAUUCAUCCACUGAUUAUCAUUAAACACAUUCUACAGAUUAUUUAUUAUCGACUUUCUUUGUCGUGUGAUCGAUCGAUUGAUAAAAUUAUUGAAUUAUAUUUCGGUUGUAAUUUAUUUAUUUAUUCAGCAAUUGUGCGGUUUUCCAUGAAAUUUUUAGGGAUUCAACACUUAUUCGUAAUUUAUCAAUUACUAAUAAUCAAUCGUCUACUCUUGAAUAGUUGGAUUGACAAUUUUAUCAGUAGAAUUUGUUAAUCAACAAAUUAGGGCAAUUGUCAGAGUUCUUUAACGAUUGAUGAGUCGAUUGAGAAAAUGAUUUGGAAAUUCCUGUGGAUUUUCAUUUUGAACCUCAGAAUGCAAACGUUUUUUUCGUACUGCUCUUGACUUUUUGAAAAAGUGAAAAUCCCUAUGGAAAUCGUUCAUCAGUAGUGCCAUAGGGAUUUUUAAACGACCAAAAGUCCCUAUGACACUCGAUAUGAAAUUUACUCAUCAAUUGGUGGAGAUCUCGACAAAAAGUUUUUGAAGAAGAUAUUUCGCUUUGUGACGUCGUGUUUUCAAUUUUUCUUAACUUAUCAUCGAUUUAUUAAGAGGAGAGACAUAUCGGAGUCUUGGGUAAUUAUGGGAAUAUCGAUAUUCCGUUGAGAGAAAAACCAACAGCUUCUAUGAAAAAUCUUAUAACCAAAAAUCAUCCCCGGAAAAUUACAAAAAAAAAAUUGCGACCGGUCUGAAGUAGCGUUUUUUGUCAAAAAGUAUUCCUCAAAUUUUUUUGUUGACAAUUCUUAGAGAUCGAGUCGUUAUGUUUAAAAAACGAGAAGUGGCACGUGAUUUAAAAUGAAUUAAUUACUUCCUUGUGAUUGAUAUUUCUCCUGAUACUUUUGGAAUAAAAUGAAGUCUUAAUUUGUUGAGUAAAAAGAUAUAUAAAUCAUUAAGUGUCAUUUAUCCUUGUCAUCAAAAUCGAAAAUUUUCAGGAGCUGUUUGGUUUUUCUCUUGAGUAGAAUUAAAGGGACUUAUUUAUGAAUUUUAAAGGUUAAUGGCACUCCAGAGUGUCAAUCCAGAAAACCGCUUUUAGGUCGUCCCUUUUAGGGUGAUAUCGAGACUGAAGGGAAAUGUUUUGCCUUUUUAUCAAUGUGAAUUAUGAAUAAUGCAACUGAAUGAUUGAGCAUUUGAAAAAUGUAUAAAUAUGAGUUAUGAAUAAUAAAAAUGA